UUGUGUUAGUCCAAUCACCGACCGGAAGUUGUAAUAUUUAUUUGCAAUUGCUUUUGUUACAAAUAAUAUUAGAACUUGUGGGUUUUGGCGUUGGGAUUGGUUUUUCACAACUGGUGGUUGACUCACAUGGUAGUGAGCUUGAGCCCCACAGAUAGCUGUUAUGGGAGCUCAGAUUCACAAAUUGAAGCAACUUAAUUUGACGACCCAAGUAUAAGCUGCAUGUAUGUGUUCCUCCUCAUUGUAUGUUAAUGACUCCUCUCGAGUUUUUGAAUGGUUUUACCAUAUGGAACUUCAUCUUAAAUGCCCGUUUUACUAAUUGGUUGCUGAUAAUUUAACGUAAUGCUUUGGAGUAGACUGGUUGUACUAGUUUUAUAUAUUAGACUGUCUCCAUUACUUAUAUUGCACAAGCUGGUAGAACUUGUUAUGUUGCAUUGCAUCAGUUGAGAGCUGGGUUUAGCCCAAACUUUAUAUGGAUGUAACACAUUAUGUGCUAGGUUAACAUUUUUCCACUCUUAGAACAUGGAUGGACCGGAGGAGUAUCAUGCAUGUCAUACACUCCCAGAAUCAUUAGGGGAUGUAUCUUUCCUUUUUUAUGGAAUGCAAUUCGACAUACAUUUUUGUUCCUUUUAUUUUGGGUAGUUUUAGCGAUGAGCUUGGAUUUUACUUUUAUCUUCUGAUGUAUUAAUUUCUGUAUUAAUUUGGCCUUUGAAUAUUAAUUUUGAUUGGAAUUUUCUACAUGUCCAAUUAUUUCCGUCAUUCAUGUGUAUUGCUUUGUCAACUUAAUGAAGCACUAGUUUGCAAGCUAGCAUAUAUUUAGUGAAAAUUGCUUGAUAGUAAUGGCGACAGAAUAGCUAAGAUUAUGUAUACAUUUGUAAUACACACUUAGUAUUUCUGCAUGCGAAGAACUGGUAGAUUGGUCUAUCUUUGCAUGUUUCAACAUGGAAUAUGAUUGGAAUGUAGAAAUUUGGAAAUUUUUAGACAGGGAAGCGGACAAGAUUUCAUUGUCACGGCCUUAUGCGUCAAAUGACUGAGAGUAUAGACUUGUACUUAUAAUGGGGAUGAUCGCUGGCAUGAAUGUCUAUCUCCAGCAUUCACAUUCAAAAUAAAUGUUGGAAGUACUUUUAGCUGGUUUCUUCUCUAUAUUUUUUUGUCUUUUUCUUUCGAUAGUUGCUUUCUUACGAACUAGAUGUGCUGUAAUCCUAUGAUAGCAAUUUUUUUUCAUUGCUAUCAUGAGGGGUCUGCAAAUUGGUAGAAGCUUUUUCAUUGCUUGACCUACAAUGUUUUAGGCUUGGUUUGAUCAUCUCUUUUUUUUUUCUCCUGCUUUUUUGCUAUUCUAAUGUGCAAAUAGCAAAAGGCCAAAAAAUAAAAAAUCAAUGGUUCAUUGGCAAAAAAAUCCUCUUCUUUUUCUGAUGUAGUUACAGAGAGAAUAUGGUUUGCCUUUUCAAUGUAACGUGGCAGGUGUGUGCCAGGCUCAAAGAAGCAAGCAAUGCAUCAUCUUAUAAGGACUUACCCGAUACCUGGACCUCUUUUAUUUUUCAUAAUCAGGCUUAUCCUAUUCCUGAACCUAUAUUUCAUAAUCAGGUUGGUGCUUCAAUCUAUCCGGCUGCUACAGUUGAUCCUUAAAUGGCCAUUCUGGGAUUUGGAUAUGUUGAUUUUGCCUAGGCCUGGGGAAGGGUUUUAGCCUUUUAAGUUGGGUUAGUCUGGCCAUCAACUAAACCCUUAAUCCAAGUUGUGGGCUUGUAUAUUCUAACAGCAAAGCGACAUUUUCCAUCCUACAGUGAAAAGAUUAGGAUGGAUUUGUGCUAGCAAAUAGCAAUGGUCAAGUUGCUUCCUUGUGAAAUUGAAAUAAGAGUAGCCUGUUUUUUAAAAAAUUGCAAGUUGCAAGCCGUUUCAUCUUCUCCAAGGGUCAACUCACCUGAUAAAUUUGAACUUCAUCUUUGCAAGUUAAUGACUGGCUGUGCACAGAACUUGGAAUGAAAGCUAUUUUGGCCCCUUAAAUUUUUUAUCCACGUUCAAUUUUAUCUACAUUUUUAGUUUCUAACUUGAUUUACUCUAACCUUUUGAUUUGAAUUAGCCCCUCUUCCCACAGAAAUAGCAUAUAAAUUAUUUUUUAAUAUUAAUUAAUAAAAAAAUGAGUUAAUUACUGCUAUAGUUAGACUAAUUUAAGUUUAAAUUUAGAAGUUUAAAUUCACUAUAUUGAAAAUUAAAAAUGAGUAAAAUUGAAUAUUGAUAAAAAUUUCAGGGCAAAAUUAACUUUCUUCCACAGCACUUGCAUCCUGAACCCUUAAACCUGAAGCCUUAAAGCAUAACUUUCCAUCCAACUGAUUGGUUUGACCUCUGGACUCUGUUUCUCGUCUUUCAAAUACCUUUCCUCGAAUGAAAUCUAGUACUGUAGAAAUAUAAUUUAACUUAACCAGUCAUGUGCUCCAAUCUCACAUGGCAUGUAUUUUCAAAAAAAAUAAAAGAAAAAUCUCACAUGGCCUGUUUUGUUCUCUGUAAAUCUUGGAGGCCCUCGCCGCCCCUUCCUGAAACUGUAAGGAUGGGUCAUUAUUAUUUCAGAAUUUGCAGAAUCUCAACGCAUCCUUUCCAUAUUCCAAAAGCCUGGCGUACAUAUUAACGUUUUAUUUAUUAAAUUUUGUCAAUUUUCUCUGCAAUUAGUCCUUCAUUGUUGAAAGGGGGACGGAACAAACACCUUUCCGUUUGCCCUAAGAAACCGCGCACACACAAACGACAAAUUAGUAGCGCUCUCUGACCUACUCAUCAUAUAGAUUGGGGUGCAUGUGAUUGCUUAUAAAUAGGUCCCCAUGCUCCAUACUCUCAGCACAUGAAAUCCACUUUCUUUCCCAUAACCUUUUUAUGCCUAUAUAUAUAUAUAUAUAUAUAUAUAUAUAUAUAUAUGUAUUCUCCUUUCCAUUCCCAACCCUCCGUACCAAAUUCUUCAAUGGCUCCCACUCAGCUUCUCGUUCCUCUGUUCUUACUUAGCUCCCUUAUCAUGCUUUCAGGAGCAUAUUCGGCUACAUUUACAUUCACAAACAAGUGCAGCUACCAAGUUUGGCCAGGCAUACUCUCAAACGCUGGCACCCCACAGCUUCCCACCACAGGCUUCGCUCUCCAACCAGGUGAAUCAAACACCAUCCCCGUGCCAACUUCCUGGUCUGGCCGUUUAUGGGGUCGCACUCUCUGCACCCAAGAUGCCAACACUGGCAAAUUCACUUGCCUGACCGGUGACUGCGGCUCCUCUACUAUCCAAUGCUCCGGAAACGGCGCUGCCCCUCCUGCCACCCUAGCAGAAUUCACACUUAAUGGAGCUGACGGGCUGGACUUCUACGAUGUCAGCCUUGUCGAUGGAUACAACCUGCCAAUGCUAAUAGAACCACAAGGGGGCACUGGAGGUAAUUGUACGAUGACCGGCUGCGGUGCGAGCUUGAACAAUGCAUGCCCGUCGGAGCUGAAGGUAAUGGACAGUGAAAACGGGGAGAGCGUGGCGUGUAAGAGCGCGUGUGACGCUUUUGGGGACCCGCAAUAUUGCUGCAGUGGAGCAUACGCGAACCCUAAUACAUGCAAGGCCAGCUCUUACUCGGAGUUCUUUAAAAAUGCUUGUCCUCGAGCUUACAGCUAUGCCUAUGACGAUGGAACCAGCACUUUUACUUGUGCAGGAGCAAACUACGCCAUCACAUUCUGUCCUUCUCCUUCUUCUACCAGUCUGAAGUCGGCAAAUGGGCAGUAUCCAGAAGCUGUGGAAGUCUCAGCCGGCACUCAUAGGACGUCACCCUAUCUGAUUGGCGGUGCCAUCACCAUUUUGGCGGCAAAUUGGAGAUUGUGGCAGCUGUUCUUUUGACCAUGCCAUUCACCACUUGCAAAAACAGGCCAAGCCCUUUUCUCACCUGCACAAAUUCAACAAUCCUCUUAUCGCCCAGCAAUCAGAUGUAAAUAUACCGAUGAACUUGAAGUGGGUCAUGACCUUUUGUGCUUUACGAAUCUAAUAUGAUGAAAUUGGAAGCUGGCCUGCAUUUUGUGUGAUGUCUCGUUUGUUGCCCAACUUGGAGAAAGAUUUUGGGAGUUACAAUAUGAUUUGUGAUGAAAAGGAAUUGAUGGAAAUUGGGAAUGUAUCACAACACAAUGGACAAAAGGGGUUGCCUGCAUCAGCAGUCACGUUUCUGAUUUGGAAAGGGACACAGAAACAGAGACAUCAUAGUUGCAGAAUCAAAUGAAAGCAUAACAGCAAGUGGAUGCAUUAAUUUAAUUUUCCCUAUUGAUUUGCGGAUGUAAUAUUUUAUUUUUGGCAUACCAUGAACAUUGGUUGGAUUGUGUAAUUAUUAUAUUUAUAUUAACUUUAACCUAUUAAUGCCAACUUUGAUUAGUUCAUAUUCCCUCAA